GCUCCCAGGAGUGAACCAACUCUCCCUCGGCCUUGAGGGGAGAGACCUGUGCCGCUCUCUAGGUCCAACCGUGAGAACCGCCUCUGCUAGGCGAGAGGAACCGUUCUGAGAAAAGGGCUCCUCCCUUCUUGGUGCGCGCACCCGGCGCAUGCGCCCAUCCCAAUCUGCUAAUUGCGUCCCGAUGCUAGGCAACGAGGGCUCCCCUCCAGGGCCCGAGCAGGAGUCCUCCCGGCAGGCGCGCGCGGAACGGUCCCCAGGAUGGAAACGGAAUACCUGAAGAAGUGCUUUGGAAAUUCCUUGUCCCAGGCACUGGCAGAAGUGGCAAAGGUUCAGCCCAGUGACCCAAUAGAGUACCUGGCUCACUGGCUUUACCAUUACAGGAAAAUAGCUCUAGCAAAUGAAAAGAAUAUUCGAGAACAGAUCCAGCUGAAGGAGGAAUAUGAGAACAGCCUCAAGGAAAAGGAAAUGGCAGCAAUGAUGAAACAAGAAGAGCUUCAGAUUCAACAGAAGUGUAAAGAGUGUCGCAAGGUGUUGAGUUUUGUCUCGGAGGCAGUUAGAUCAUUGGUGAGUCAUUUGAUCCUAGCAGAUUUGAUGGUCUGCUUUGCUAUGGCAACUGUAUUUCAGUUUUGUACUUAGUCUUUGGCAUGAUGAUAGCAACAUUGUGUUCCUGCCAUUCUUGAGAGUGUUUCCAGAGUGUGGUUAGCCUCUACUAAUGUAUUAGUCUGCUUUUUGUCACUGGGACCAAAAUACCCAACUAAUUUAGGGGAGGAAAAGUUUAUUUUGGGCUCAUGGUUUCAGAAACCUCAUUCUAUGGUCUGCUCAGGUUAUAGUUGUGGGCAUGAGGUUAAGCAGAAUAUCCUGGGAGCAGGGUGUGAUAGGGAAAACUAACUGGACUUGUGGCAGCUAGAAAGCAGAGAGAGUGUGAAGAACCAGAGACAAAAUAUAGAAUCCCCGAGGCAUGUCCUCAGUAACCCACCUUCUCUAGCCAUGCCCCACCUGCAUACAGUUACCAUCCACCAAGCAGUCCAUUCAAAUGAUUAAUCCAUCAAAUGGAUUAAUGCACUGAUGGGGUCACAGCCCUCAUGAUCCAACCACCUCUUAAAAGAGACACCUCUGAACUUUGCCACAUUGGGGACCAUGCUUUAACAUGAGCUUUGCGGAGGACAUUCCUAAUUCAAGCCAUGACAACUAAUACCUUUUUUG